AUGCAAUCCCUCACACUCCACAAUACUGACAAACAAGAACAUUUGUCGCAACAGGAAUACACCCCCUGACCCAUUAGGUUUGAGUAUUCAAUGUGUCGGCAAAGUUUAUCCAAAUCGAGCACUUACUGCUGUACACUUGAUAGUAUUUAGCAUGAUACCAGGAGCACUAUGGAUUAUUACCUUAUCUGGGAUAUGCUUAUGCAUUCAGAGCAAGGUCACAGCAGUUCAUCUGAUGACUAUGGAGAACUUUGUAGCUGCUUUUCAGCGCUUGGAAGAUUUAAACCCAACUCUGACCCCAUUGGAUUUGUUGGCGAGUUUACUGUCGACUGUUAGCCAACGUGAUAAUAUGACAUGCAGUAUUAUAGGAUCAUCGGACAAUACCACUGAUGUCCACUAUACAGAUUCUAACAACACUUUUAUCACAGAGAACCUGAGUGGGAACAUAAAUCUCUGUUGGUUCUUCAACCAAGCCAUUCAUCAUUUCAUAACAGAUGAUCGUGAGGAAAGAGGAAUCGUUCUGACGCCUGAUGGCACGACUGUUGCUCUUUCCCCCCUUCUUUUGGGUGUUGAAAUGGGCUUGCAAGCUACAAAGGAUGUUACCCAACCUCAUGGCAUCUACCUGCUCCCCCUGGCCAAAACCCUUGGCCUGUCGUUCCUUCAGUUUCAAAAUUCAACACCACCUGAGCGGCUUGGUCCGGACGGUUGUUGGGACAACAUAUCCAGCCCUGUGGUUUUCACUCUUUCAGAAGAGCCUUCUUUAGCCACCGAUGCUGUGGUCCAUGGCGGAAUGGAUGGCGCUAUAAUUGGGAGACACCUUUCUGUUGUUAAUGAUUCUGAAGUCAAAUUAAGUGAAGUGCUUAGCAGCUACUACUCAGACGGCAUCGAGUUAGACCAUGGAGUUAGUCACCUGAAGGGGCGCUAUCGCAGACAAAAUUUUCAAGACAUCACAAAUGCAUCAUUGCUUCAGAAAAAGGUAGCGGAUGCAUUAAACAGUAAUCGACGGCGAGAAAACGCUGCGGAGGAGAGUCUUAUAGAAGAAGGAAUGAGAGAAUUUGCCCUGCGAUACAUGGACUGUCCUACCAUCAUUCCAAGAUGUGUAUGGGGAGCUGCGCCGCCUCGUGUUCCUCUUUCUUCCCUGUCUCCACCCCUGCAGUUCCUGUAUAUUCACCAUACAUCCACUCCCAGCAAACCCUGCCUCAACCUUCAGAAGUGUUCUCAAAAUAUGAGGGAGAUGCAACGAUUCCAUCAGAAAGAUCGAGGGUGGUAUGACAUCGGUUACAGUUUUGUGAUUGGCUCCGAUGGCUACGUCUACGAAGGUCGAGGUUGGAUGUCACAAGGAGCUCAUACCAGAGGACGUAAUCUUGUUGGGUACGGCGUUGCUUUCAUCGGCGACUACACCAGCCAGUUACCCUCACGCUACACCAUGGAGCUGGUGCGCCAUCAUCUGGUCAAAUGUGGAGUGAGCAAGGGAUUUCUACAGAAGAAUUUUACCAUGCUAGGACACAGACAAGUUGUAAAUACAAGUUGCCCUGGAGACUCCCUGUACUCUGAGAUUAAGACCUGGAAACAGUACAAAGAUACGGAUCCUUUAAAGUACCAAAGAGGUGAACCAGUGUGAAAAAUAUUCAUACUUCAAAUGUAAUUCAAAUGGUUUGCACUAAAAAGUUUUUACACAAAUCAGGACAUCAAUAUUGGUACGUACAUCCGUUCCGUUAAUGAAAGUGUGCUGCAAAAUGACUGUAUGCGAGUGCUGUACAUGUGCAAAAAUAAAAAGUGUGACAUCUCUAA